CGGCAGACGUGGUGAUGUUAUGUUGAAGUGCAGAAGUUUGAUUGAAUAGUUGAGCCACAGACAGCAAAAGCAUAAAACCUCAUUGGGAGUUGGCAAAUUCGCUUGAACGAGAAGUGCUUGCAGUGAUCAAUGAAAAGACGGUUUUGCGUAGUUUCAUUGACUUUUUCAUGUGAUUUUUUCUUAUCGUGAGCCAACUACGGCUGAGUGUGUGUGCUACGUACGUACGCGUGUGUGUGUGCGUGUUCGGUUCAAGCCCAGUUUCGGGGUGUGUUUGAUCCGUGUAGCUGCACUUUUUCCGGUUCUGAAUGGGUCGAAAGUUUUCAUUGAAGUUUGCCUGAACCAUUUUCGGUGUAUUUUAAUUUUUGCAUUUUGUUAGUUGAACUAGGAAAAAGAAAUAAGUGAGUGUGUAUCCCACAACUCCAAAAGAGGAAUUUCUUUUUUUCCUUGUUGAAAAUAAGAAAAAGAACAAGCUCACAUCAGCUAACGGAAUAAGAAGAAGCGAAACCAAAAAAUUACUCAUCGCAUUCACUGGAAGUCGGUGUGUUCAUUCUGGGAGCUCGUAAGAGAACUGGUACCACUGCCAAUCACCACCCCAUCAGAGCACAGGGAGGAGGAGUGGGAGCAAAAGUGAACUCCCGUCAACGACACUGACAGAAGUGAGUGCCUCGAAGAAAGGAGGUGAAGCGAAAAACGACACACGAAUCUUGUGCAAGUGUCAAAAAGGAAGAGGCUGGCUGUCGGAACAGAACAGAGGCGUGUGAAAAGCUCUCGGAUUUGGCCCGUAAAUUCCACACUUUGUGGUCGUUAGACAAAACAGUGGUGAGCGUGUUUGUGGUCCUCCCGGGGGAAUCGGUAUUAGCUACGUGGUGUGGUGAUAAGUUCGGACGGAAGGAAACGCAGUGAUAACAGUCGGGGUCUGUGAUUUAGUCAGCAGCACAAAACUGCAACAGCAACAACAAAAGUAACAGCAGCAGCAGCAACAACAUCCGAAGAAAAUGGCAGAUGUGGAUGAUGUGAUAAGUGACCAGGAAAAGAUUCGGAUCGUCAACGACUUUAUCCUGCACGCCCCGCCCGGCGAGUUUAACGAGGUGUUUAACGACGUCCGGGAGCUGCUGAAUGACGACCGGCUGCUGAAGGAUGGCGCGAGUGCGGCCUGUUCCCAGUACAACAAGGACCAGCUCACGCCGGUCAUCCUCGAGGGCUCCGAGCUGGCCGUUCUCGUCACAGAGUUCAACGAUCUGGGCGGUGGCCGGUUCCUCGACCCGCGCUCCAAGCAAAGCUUCAAAUUCGACCACCUGCGCAAAGAGGCGUCCGAUCUGCAGAACGCCGACGGGGACCUCAUCUCGGAGCAGUGGCGCGCCAUGCUGGACAUCGAGGCGCUCACGUACAGUGCGAACCACUACCGCAACGGGUCGUGCUCGGUGUUUGGGCGGACCAGCAACGGCCAGAUCACGUUGAACGUGUGCAUCGAGGAUCACCAGUUUCAGCAAAACUUCUGGAACGGACGGUGGCGCUCCGUGUGGGCCAUCACGUUCCCGGCUUCGGGCAGCGGCGGUACGGCCGAACUGAAGGGGCUGCUCAAGCUGCAGGUGCACUACUACGAGGACGGUAACGUGCAGCUGGUGUCGUCGAAGGAGUUCCGCGACACGGUGGUCAUCACGAACGAGGCCGCCACGGCGAAGGAAAUCAUCCGGGUGAUCGAGGAGAGCGAACACGACUACCAGACGGCAAUAUCCGAGAACUACCAGACGAUGUCGGACACGACGUUCAAGGCGCUCCGGAGACAGCUGCCCGUGACUAGAACGAAAAUCGACUGGAGUAAGAUAGUGUCGUACAGCAUCGGGAAGGAGCUGAAAACGCAGUAAGGCAGAAUGCAGGAGGAAGGUGUGUUUAAGGUAAGUGUUGUGUGUGCAUGGCCGGGAAGCAGAAUAUCCACAAUUCGUGUGGGCGAGCCCGCUGGAACACGAGGGGGAGGGAAACUUCUAUAGACAUGCACCGUUCUAUAGAGGGAGCUGAUGGUGAGAGCUACGUGCAACAAAACCGCGAAACAAUUAUAACAAAUUUAACUAAUAAUUUUCAAAAACAAAGCAAAAAAAAAACGCGAAAAUCAAGCAGCAAAUAUUCGAAGCAAAACAUCGUCUUUUUACAAUAAACAAGCAACCACAUUCAAACAGAAACUCUUUACACAACUAGUUCGCAAAAUCAAUCGUGAGACCGUUGAACGAACGCUUUCGAGAGAUAACAUCGCUGUAAAUUCAUCGCUGGGUAGGGAAUAAUUAAAAAGGGUAAAGUGUAACCUCUAGUGACAAAAAAAGAAAGAAAAAAAUCAAUUAUAUAGAAAAGCAAAACUAAACAAAAAAAACUCACGCAAAACACGUAUUAGAACUCAACUCAGAAACUCGAAUUCACCGACGUUUGGCCUGCAACAUAGAUAAAGCAAAAACAAAUGGAAAACACUCUUUUAGAUAAUGUUAGUCAGACACACACUCUCACGAGUUCGAUGAAUUCUUACCACCUUGGAAAAAGGACAAAACUUUGCAGUAGUAGCAACUUUAUUAACGCGCUCAAUAGAUUAGUUUUACCCUCGCAUCUUCCCACACACACACUCACACACAAAACAAACAAAAUUUCGCUUGGAGAAUGGUUUUCCUCUUCUUUGACCACCCCCUCUGUGAACACCCUGCUCAAACGAAACGGGCUUUUCUGCAAUCUUAUCGGAAAAAGGCGAGACCGGUGACAGGUCUCACACCUUGCCGCGGCGCGAUUAGAUAAUGAGUCGAUUCUGUUUGCCGGCUGCUUCUUUAUUUUACCCAAGUUUGACAUUUCCCGUUCAAUACUGCCAAUUUUAACGCACUUUCUAUGCGAAGAAAUACUCUCUCUUUUCUGUCUACAAAGUCUGGGUUUUAACUUUCGACGACCAUUCUGCGCUGACUUGGUUUUUAGAAAUUGAACAUUUUGUCGCUCGAGAAAUAAAAAUAGCAAGAAAUAAAAGGUUUACCUUCAUUCCACGAACUGAACAAUUGUGGCAAAAUGUGUGAUAGAGAGUAAGGGAAUUAAACUUGAAUCGAGAAACUAAUAAAAUUCGAAAACAAUUAUCCAACGCAGUUGAAACACAUUACAUUGAAAGAUAGCAAAACAAACCAAUCCAAAUAGGCUCCGAACACAGAGACGACGAAACAUGUUCAUUUGGUUUCCCGUAAUCGAACCCCUCCCCAAACCUUGGAUAUAGUAUAUAGGCGAACAAAAAAAAAAUAACAACAGAGUAAAUUUAAAAAAACACUUCCUGAAUGGGAUAGAGAUUGAGGAAGAGGGCGGUACACGAACUGAAGAACAAACAAAAUGGAAAACUGUUUGAGAAGAGGACACACGCAGGAUAACAUUUAAGGAACUAAGUAACGAAACAUGAAUGAAAAAAAGAAACAGAAUUACACACACAACAAAAAAA